AUGGCGUUCCCCUCCUCAAAGUCUUCGGUCAUCACUCAUCCCGACAUCCUCUGUCAUAUACUGCAAUAUGCGGACAAACAAUCCUUAUCAAGAUGUAUGAGAGUAUCCUGGUUAUUCUUCCAACUGGCUUCGCCUCUCCUCUAUUCCACUCUUUCCAUCACACCCAACAACAUUGACUCAGUGCUAAGAGGAGCAAGUUCCGGCUCGAUGAUCUAUUCGGAUUGUACCGAAAGGGAGAUGAAACGUGAUUUACUUGGUCUGGUGAAGAAUCUAUCUAUGAAAAAUCAUGAAGGCUGUGAUAAUCUAGGAUGUUUGAGAUGGUGUCAAACGAAUAUCAAAUUCCUCUCUUUGAACAUUCUUCGAAUAUACCUGAAUGAGGCCAACACAACUGGCCAACCAUACUCUGGGAUCGCUGAUGAGACGUUCCAAACGGUCACGAAGUUGGUCAUUACAUUUAGGAAUCUGGAGGAUUUGCGAGAAGUCAAUCAAAUGACUCUGGAAAUUGGGCAGUCUAUCGAGCAUCAUAAGCGGAUGUUCAACGAGAACACAGAGAUCGUCUUGAUAUUCUGGGCGGACGAUCCGACACAGAAAUGGUAUCAUAACGCAAAUGCAGGAGUCGACUCGGACCCGGAUCUCAAUGCGGAUUCAGAUUCAGAUUCGGAUGACGGAGAAGGAGAGAUUGAUAAUAUAGUACAACAGAUAUCUUUAUGUGCGGUUGCCGAUGCUGGUAAAUUGAUCGUCUGCAAUUUAGAUAAGAUAGCUAUGAAGGACAAAACGAAUAUGGAAACAAAGCAGUACAUGAGCAAUAGGAUAGAGAGAAUGAUGGAAGACUGGACGAAUUGCACAAGAGCUCAAAAGCAGCUGAAGAAUAGGUUAGAGGUGAUUGAGUACAUGAGUUUCGAGGAGUAUCUGACAAGAGAGGACUGGCAAGGAGAAUUUGAUAGAGAGGAAGUCGAAUUGUGGUUCGACGACACCUGA